UAUCACUCAUAACUAUCAUAAUUUAGUUCUAUCUCAUCCGCAGCUGAAUUAACACUAAUAUUGUUACGAAAGUGUUGCUAUCGAUUGGCUGGUCUAGUUCGAUUCGAAACAAAACGCGUUGCAGACAAACAUCCGUUACGAUCAGCUUGGGACGCGUAAAUCUCUAACCCGAGACAUACAAAGGAUGUCUCAGAUGGCAUGUCUUACUUAUCGCUAUUUUUUUGAAAGCAAAGAUACCUUCUUCAAAACUUCCAUAACCAGGAAAAUUUUAUUCAUGAACCUGCACGAGAUGUCAAGAAUUAUGCUAGGAAUUUUUCUAAUCAUAUACACAUUACAUGGAAACCAAGCAAGUGCAUUUGCUCAUCUAGCUAUUGCAAGAAGGCAGGAAAAUGGUACAUCGUCUACGAUAAUUCAGCAACUAGUAGCCGGCAUUGACUACAACAUCAUGGCGCAGAAUGGCGAGAAAGCGAUCCUAAGUCAGAUGCAAAGUCUGGUUGCGGCUCCAACACCGGAUGCCUUGCUUUUUCGAGUCGCUAAAGACGAUCUUUUGAGCUUCAUGAACUGCGGGUCUCGUGUCCGAAGCAAUAAUAUGAAUUUGUCAAGUGUAAACGCUCAAGUCACAAGAGGUUUGGCACAGCUUGAGGCUAUCCAGGUCCUGCAACUCGCGAAGGCAAAUAGUCUGAACGGAACGACUACCGAUGGGCCUAUACUUGAUGACUUACAGAGCGACGUCGAUGAGGCUAUUGCCAAAAACCGAAUGCUUCAAGCUAUAGCCACGGAAAGUGCAUAGUCUGAACAAAUUUUCUAGUCCGCGUAGAUACAUACCGCUGAACUACUUCCUCUAUUCGCAUCGGAUCGGUAUCACCUCGUGCAAAGCAUUUUGAUCCAUCCUUGGAAGAAAAGGCUCAACAUUCAUUAUUAUACACCUGACAAACGCCAAAUAGUAAAUGCCUGAAUAACCAGCUCCAAACAAAAUGCAAUUGCAGGGUCGCAAAGAGCAAUAUCACAAACAGAAUUUUAAAUCAUCUAGCAUCUAUACUUUACUCUCUUGCCUUGUUCAUGU